CCAGGCGGGCGCCAUGCUAAAAACCAAAAUGGCUGCCCCAGGGAAGAGAGCCCAGCUCAGGCCGUGAGGGGCUGCGCCUCUGCCAGCCCCGUCGCCCGACGACAUCGCUUCGCCCGCCGGACCUCGCUCAGAGAAUUGUUUCCACUCCCUGAAGAAUGCAAAGCCUGGACAAGCAGUGUGCACUUCAGCAGCGCUUACUGACAUCCCUGACUCAUCCGUCUGAGGGAACCAACAAGAGGGCACUUCUCUUCUUGACAUAAAGAGUCUUCACUCUGUCUAGGAGGUGUCCUACGCAAGAGCAGAUAAAAAAGGAAUUUUCAGACUAAGAGGGAUAAAAGCUUUCUUGCAGAUGUAUGGUAGUGCAAAGGAAGAGCUCUCCUUGAUAGUUGAUGCAUCCUCUGGUAUUUUCUCUUAUCUACUCUUCCAUUUCAAAUAUAUUACCUGUGUAAAUAGCUGUGUGUAGAGGACAGUAAAGGGAAGAAGAGGAUUAAAGUUAUCAUCUCUAACUAAAUAAUCUUAUAAAUUCCUACAUCCUAUAGAUUCCUACAUUCAAAUUGACUGCUGAACUCAACAAAAAAAAAUGAUAAAAUUUUUUCUUAUGGUGAACAAACAAGGUCAAACUAGGCUCUCCAGGUAUUAUGAGCAUAUAGAAAUUCAUAAGCGGACAAUGUUGGAAGCUGAAGUAAUCAAAAACUGUCUCUCUCGUUCAAAGGAUCAAUGCUCUUUCAUUGAGUAUAAGGACUUUAAGUUGGUAUACCGACAGUAUGCAGCCCUUUUCGUAGUCGUUGGAAUCAAUGAGACAGAGAAUGAGAUGGCAGUAUAUGAACUAAUUCAUAAUUUUGUGGAGGUUCUGGACAAAUACUUCAGCAGAGUGAGUGAAUUAGAUAUCAUGUUCAAUUUGGACAGAGUGCACAUCAUACUGGAUGAAAUGGUGCUAAAUGGCUGCAUUGUGGAAACAAACCCCAGCAGAAUUCUUGCGCCGCUGUUUGUGCUCGACAAAGUGGUGGAGAGCUAGGAAGAUGCAAGACUGACUGAAGCAUUUAACAAAAGAUGGUGAAAUCCUCAAAAGCAUACCAACAAGCAAUCCUCUCAUUUUGCAAGACCAACUCGUGCAAUAUUUAAAUCAGCUGAAAAAUAUUUCCUGCUUCUCCUGUACCCUGAAAAAGACAUAGAACCACAAAGUGGAAGCUUUAUUUUCAGACUUGCUAAGGACACAGCAGAAGCCUUCUAGAAAAAGAAACUCCUCAAGAAUUGUUUUUCCUUUCAAACAAACUAAGAAUAAAGCAAUGGAAACUUA